AUGAUUGCGCAGGAGAUCUCUGAUGACUUAAAAGCUUUGUUUUCCGCAGCCAUCGAAGCCACUUACCUUACACGAAACAUAGACGGCAUCGAACGAUGUGUUGAUGUUCUGAUUAGGUUGAAGUCCGCGUGUCUCUCCGUCAGCGAUAUUCAACGAUUUUCAGAGUCGAUAUUUUGGUUGGAGACUCUGAGAACUCAUAAAAGCCCUAAGGUCCGUGAAGUGUCUCAGUCCUUGUUCGAUUCAUGGUUGGCCACUCUCUACGGACAAGGAAGAAGAGACCAAUCUUUCACUCCCAAGAAGAAGAAGACAGAGACGCUGCUUGCAAAAACCGAACGGGAUAUCAAAGGCAAAGAUGGUAAUGAUAAGGUUACAACCAAAACCUUGCUUCCUCCUCCGAAGAGGGUUGCUGCUUGCCAAAACCCUAAAACAGAGGAGAUGGUGGAGUUGUUCGAAGCAGCAAAGAAAGCGGCUGACUUGGCCAACGCUAAGGGUAUUCUCUCUGGCAAAACAGACGCGUCUCGCUCCGUUGAAGCUAUCUCGUUGCUCAUGAAGAUGAACGUCACUCCAAAACCCAACGAGCCAAGGAGGAUGAUGGAGAGGCUUCAGGGACUUACAAAGCACAAGGACCGUACGAUUUGCAAUGCUGCAACCGCCCUUCUCCAGCUUUGGAGGCAGAGGAUCAUAGAAGAUGAAACUAAAGCUGCGUCUACAAUCGAUAUGAUUCUUUGCAAACCUCGUGGAGCUCAUCAGAUACGCGGUCAUGGCUUCACAAGAGAACCUACAAAGACGAGGAAACUAGUGAUGUGA